ACCCCUUCCCCACCAGCCUUUCCCUCUAUUCCUUUUAUUAAACAAACGGGAGAUCCUGAAAUCUGGAGCUUGUGCAAAAAGAACCGUGAGGAGGAAGAGAGAGGGAUGAUGGAGGAGGAAUAAUUGCAAUCAACCACCCACCUCCGUCAUAUUCCAGACCCCCCUCCCUUUCUCUCUCUCUCUCAUCAGUCACACACACACGCAGACACACAUACUCGCACACUUGCACACUUGCAUACACACGCGGGAUAUGCAUUGGGUGAGGACUGUGUCCCUGGCCAACAGCCUGAAUGGAUCUUGCUACUCUUAGCCGGACAGCUGUGUGAGGGAACAGGGAGCAGGAGGGAUCCGCAGCUGGAGGUUGGAGUCUAGACAAGUUCGAGAGCGUGUAGCCUCCCACCCUGUGAUAAGAAAUGGCUAUUGGAAACAACACACAGAGAAGCUAUUCCAUCAUCCCCUGUUUUAUAUUUGUGGAGCUCGUCAUCAUGGCUGGGACCGUAUUACUCGCCUACUACUUCGAAUGUACUGACACUUUCCAGGUGCAUAUCCAAGGAUUCUUCUGUCAGGAUGGAGACUUGAUGAAGCCUUACCCUGGGACAGAGGAAGAAAGCUUCAUCUCACCUCUCGUGCUGUACUGCGUUUUGGCUGCAACCCCCACAGCUAUUAUUUUUAUUGGGGAGCUCUCCAUGUAUUUCAUAAAGUCUACCAGAGAAACCUUGAUUGCUCAGGAGAAAAUGAUUUUGACUGGAGAGUGCUGUUACCUGAGUCCACUGCUCCGAAGGAUCAUCCGGUUUAUAGGGGUAUUUGCCUUUGGACUUUUUGCUACUGACAUAUUUGUAAAUGCUGGCCAAGUGGUAACCGGAAACCUGGCACCUUACUUCCUCACAGUGUGUAAGCCCAACUACACCAGCACAUCCUGCCGAACUCACCAGCAGUUCAUCAACAAUGGGAAUAUCUGCACUGGUGACCUGGAAGUGAUUGAAAAGGCCCGGAGAUCCUUUCCCUCCAAACAUGCUGCUUUGAGCAUUUACUCAGCUCUGUAUGUUACGAUGUACAUCACAAGCACGAUCAAAACAAAAAGCAGUCGCCUAGCAAAGCCCGUCUUGUGCUUGGGAACCCUUUGUACAGCAUUCCUCACAGGCCUGAACCGAGUCUCUGAGUAUCGGAACCACUGUUCGGACGUGAUUGCAGGCUUCAUCCUGGGCACGGCUGUGGCCCUAUUUCUGGGAAUGUGUGUGGUACAUAACUUCAAAGGAACACGUGGCUCUCCUUCUAAACCCAAACCUGAGGAUCCCCGAGAAAUGCCCCUAAUGGCCUUCCCCAGAGUAGAAAGUCCUUUGGAGACCCUGAGUGCACAGAAUCACUCGGCCUCCAUGACUGAAGUUACUUGAGAUGGAUGACGGUGCCAGAAGCUGGUGUUUUUUUUAAUUACCCUCCAGUUCAAUACUCCAAGACACACAGUAACUAAAUGUCAGACUGUGAAGACAAGUAUUAUGUUAUGUCUAGUUAGAAGCUGAUGUUUUGUACAUUUCUUUUGUAUGAGGAAGUGAUGUAGCUAAUCCUGAUUUUUUUUGUCAGCUUUAA